AUGGGUAGUCAAAUGUUUUUCUCAUUUCAAGAUUCUCGAGCACUUUAUUUAGUUACGGAAUACAUUCCUGGUGGUGAUAUGAUGUCAUUGUUAAUCAAGAAGGGUAUUUUCGAAGAACCGUUAGCACGAUUUUAUAUUGCUGAAUUGACACUGGCACUGCAAAGUGUUCAUGCUAUGGGAUUUGUACAUCGAGAUAUCAAACCGGACAAUAUUCUUAUUAAUCGUGAAGGUCACAUUAAACUUGCCGAUUUCGGUCUGUGUACUGGCUUUCGUUGGACGCAUAGUUCAAAAUAUUGGGGUCUAGACUUUAGUAAACCGUGUUCAUCACCAAAUCGUAGUAGAAUAAAUCGUGCUAAGACAACUGAACUACCUGAUGAUAGAGAUAAAACGAAUGAAGAGCAAACCACAAAAAACAGUAAAGAAUGCGAUGAAGAUGAUAUUACAACUUUAGAAAAGGAAGAAAUCGGAGCACUUGAACAAGUUCGUAAUCUCCGUCAAACAAAUGGCAAACAGUUCACAGCAAUAAGAGGUGUACAUCAUGAUAAAACGCUAGAAAGACGUAGAAACAGCUUUGCUAACCGUCGGUGUGCACAGUCUUUGGACACACUAUUGAAUGUGUCACAUUUGAUGGCUGAAGUACACUGUUUUGGACAAAUUUUAAGUGGACACGGAUUUCCAGGGAAAGACCUAUUCUGCAAAUGGGGCCUUAAAUUCGGUGGUGCUUGGAGAUUAAUUGAAGGCACGAGCGAAGGAGAAACCCAAGUUGACUGCCCAAUAGUUGGUGAAAAGGCUUACUUUUGUCAUCCCAUAGAUCUACAUUUUGCAACCAAAGGCUUGCAAGGUUGGCCAAAACUACACUUCCAAGUAUGGCAUCAUGACUGGGUCGGGAAAAAUGAGCUAUUCGGAUAUGGAUUUUGCCACAUUCCAACAUCUCCUGGUAAUCAUCAGGUAACGGUUCCUACAUGGAGACCUGUUGGCUCUGUUCUGGAAACUCUAACAUCAAGGCUAGUUGGCGGUGGCCCUCAUCUUCGUAGACCAGAUAUUGUCUACGAUCCAACUGACAGAUUCCUCCUCCAGACAGAGAGUAUGGGUUACUUGACACUGGAUUUGAAUGUUAUUCUGAGAAAUUUCGAUAAAUUUGGCGUGGAAAUGUGAACAAUAUGUUACAAAAACCGUUGUGCUCUACCUAAUAUCCUAAAAUACCGCCCAUCACCUGAAAGCUUCCUUGUAUAUAUAAAUUCUUUAGAAUUCAAG